AUGAGACAACAGUGGUGGCUGAUGAAGAUGAUGGCUCUUCACGCUGAGAAAGACAUAAGAACCCUGAAAGAAGAGGAGAAAGAUGAAAAGGAUGAAAGCGCAGAGAAAGUGGAAAUUGCAGAAAAAGCACCAAAACCAGAACUGAUCCCUAAAGCCGAGGAAGUGAAAGAAAAAGAAGCAGAGAAACCUGUGGCAAAGGCUGAAAAAGAAGACAAACAAAAAGAGCCCUCUCCCUGUCCUUGUAUGCAUUCAGUAUUACAAAAAGAGCCUCAAAAAGCCCAAGACACUAAACCAAAGGAAGAAAAAGCUGAACCCGAUAAAGUAAAGAAAAGAGCUAAAAGAGUCACCCUUGAGCACAAGAAAGCAGAGACUAAGAGAAGGGAACCCCUGCUUAAACAGAGAAAAGAAAAAGAGGCUCCAAGAAGAACAAGACUAGAAAAAGCAAAGAAAGCUCCAAAAGCAAAGGCAGCGGCUGUCAACAUACCCAAAACGAGAAGAUCUCGAGCCUCAGAGGACAUGGAAGUGUCAGCUGCUCCAGCUCCAAUACAGGAUCUUCCUAUGUGCCGACCAACACCUGUGUACUGCCCAGCGCCACCUGGCUGGUAUGUGCAUCAUAUAGUAACAAGUAGCCCAUUACCACCAUCGGCUAUUCCAGAAUCAGAAGUUCCGAUUUUAACAACUCAUCAAGCUCCUACUUUACUGAAAGAACCAGAACCUGCUAAGGCAAAGCCAAAACAAGCCACUAAAAAGAAAGAACCAGCUGCGGCAAAAGAAAAAGCCAAAGCAGGUCCUGCGAAGAAGGAGCCCACAGUUACUAAAGCCAAAGUAAAACCUGCAGUGGCAAAGAAAGGGCCAAUCGCUGUGAAAGAGAGGUCUAAAAGGACAGAGCGAGUGAUCACUAAAGAAAAGGCAAAACCUACCUCUACUAAGAAAGAUCCAGCAGUAACAAAGGUGGCAAGAGUAACAACAACCUCACGUAAAGAAGAGAAAGCUAUAAAGGAAGUGAAGCCCAAAGCAGAGGUCAAGAAAAAGGCCGCAUCAACACCAAAAGCCAAACAAGCUAUUAAAGUUGUGGGAAAACCUGUUCCAGAUGAGAAGAAAACGGCAGAAGAAACAAAAGAGAAAGCAGCCGAGGCACCAGCACCAGCAAAAGAUCUGAAACCAGAGGAAAAUGUCACAGAAGGCAAAAAGCCAGGUAAAGUUAAUCUAAUUCUGCUGAACUUAACACCAAACAUUGCAUUAUAGUAGUUUUGUGACAGAAUUGUAGACACUGUACAUCAUUAUGUUACAGUGCAGUAUGCAAUUUUGCAUAGACUGUAAUCCGUUACCGGACAAACCUAAAGCACAACAUUAGAAGCAAUAUUGCUAUUUUCUGUUUGUUUGUUUGAACUUGGAUUUUGUGAUCUGUUUACUUAGUCAUAUGGCAUAUUUUAAUACAAUAAUAAAUACUCUCUAUAUAAUAUUGAAUCGUUUUCAAUUAUAAAAAUACAGG